AUGCCAGAGACACACCUGGCCGUCUGCAACUGCGUUAGAAAAAAAAUCCUUAAAAAUGAAUGUCACUGUGUGCCUAUUGGAAGCAAAGUUGAAUCACCUGAUAACGAACUGGAAUGGAGAUUAUCAUUUUCCCAAGCCGAGCAACAACUAGUGUGUAUCAUGAAUCAUACACAAUUUUUAUGUUAUGGACUUUUGAAAAUAUUUCUGAAGGAGGUUAUCAAUUUUAGGAAGGAACUUCUGUGUUCCUAUUUCAUGAAGACCACAAUGUUCUGGAUGAUAAAUUUAGGUCACAUUAAAUGGUUUCCGGAUAAUUUAAUAGAUUGCUUUUGGAAGUGUUUCAAAUAUCUCAUACAUUGUGUUUAUCGAGAAGAUUUUCCAAACUUUUUUAUUCCACAGAACAACAUGUUCAUGAACAAAAUUGUUGAUGAUGCACGUGAAUCUCUUUUACAACAGCUUUAUCAGUAUUACAGAAUAGGUGUGUCCUGUUUACUUCUGAGUCCGACUCUCAAGUCAAUUCUAGAACCAGCUCUCAACCUACAGACACUGCUGAUCUAUGAUGACGGGACAUAUGUGCCUUUACAAGAAAGAGACCUAUCCUGGCAGAUACUAGGAAUCUGUCAACAAGUUGUGGGAGACUUACACGGGGCUUUACAGUCUUAUGAAGAGUCGCUCAAACAGGAACCAUUCCACAGAAUAAAAGAAGCUACAGACUUUUAG